AUGUUCAUAAUUUACAUUUAUGGCAUUAAAAUCAUUUUGUUACUCUUGGCUAAUCAGCUGUCUGUCGCCGAAGCCUAUAAGUACAACCCCAACUAUUUCGAAAACUUCACCAUGAACAUCAUCAAUAACACGCUCAAUCUGGACAUGAUGAUCAAGAAGCCUUUAACCCGCGGGUUCAAAUCGCAUGUCGACUUCUCUAUAAGUUUGGGCAAAGCAAAGCAUUACCAGCGCGUAUUUGCCCAUGUUUUAGACACUUGUGGAAUUGUUUCGGCACUCCAAAAUAAUAUUUUCAAAACUUGGUUCAAGAGCAUGCUGAAUCAUGGCAACUUCAUGCUCAACUGUCCAGUCCCUGAGGGUCAUUAUUUUCUGCGGAACUGGAAGCUGGACUCACAACUGGUGCCGCAAUACUUGUACGCGGGCGAUUAUCGUGUCUCUUCUCACUUCUUUUUUGGAAAACUCAAGACAAAGCAAGAGGAAUUUGUAUUGGACAUGACUAUCUUCGCAAUAUUGAAAACAGAUUAA